UCUGACACCCGGCGGGGAGUGAAGCCUAUUCACUGCGCUGCCUGGUUUCUUUCUUGCACGUCAGCGGUCACACAUCAUACCGCCGUGGCUGCGACAUCCACCACAACAGUCACGGAGACUCAUCAUGGCCAUUACUGACGUUCUAGCUGUCUCAGACAUUACCUCUGCUAUCAAUGCGUGUAAAGCAAAGGAUUCCUUUAACCCAAAGAUGUUUUUUAAAGCUGUGGGUUUAUCAAAGAAGACUCCAACUGAGAUUGAGAGGGUCUUUAACAUCUUGGACCAGGACAAAAGUGGCUUCAUAGAGCAGGAUGAGUUACAACUCUUCCUGCAGAACUUCUCCAAAGGAGCCAGGACUCUGACUGCCGCUGAGACCAGAGCCUUCCUGCUCGAGGGGGACUCUGAUGGUGAUGGGAAGAUUGGAUGGGAAGAGUUUUCCGCGCUGGUCAAGUCUUCUUAAGAGCAGUGUUAUUGCUAUGGUUUUAUUGUAUGGUAAUGAUCUCAGGGUGGACCUCUUUUUAUAAUGUUAACUCAUGACAGCAAACAAGAAGAGAUUGUAUGUGUGUCGAGUAGAAAAACAUUACAAGCGUAUAAAUAAAUGGAUCGUCUCUGUUAUGGUUUAAAUAAAGAAACUUAUCUCCCUCACAAA